UUUUUUUUUUUGGGUCAAAAAUGGCUGCCGGUCUGCUCUUCCUCGGUCAGGAUUAAGCAGGCCUGAGAACAGCUGUUGUUCCCGGACCGGACCAUCGGAGCAGGCUGCGCAGGGAUGAUGUUGCUUCCCGAGGGGGACAAACCUUUACGAGACACAAUCGCCCCCUUCCAGCACAACACCCCAAAAUAAAUGAGACAGAAAGAAAAGAAAUGAUGCACCGAUUGAGCAACAGCAGCAGUGACUUCUGUAUCAGUGGGCUGGCAGAGGACUGUCAUCCAGCUACCCACUUUGAUUUAUGCAGCACUCACUCCAACAAGUUCUACGCCUCUCCCACAAACCCUGGUUUGCAGCUGUCCCUUGCCAGCCUUGCCCCUUUGCCACAGGGAAUACACAAAGCCAUGACAUGCCAGUUGCAGGAGAGCCAGGGGGAUUUCCAGCCACAGGCAGUGAGGAUCGGGGCUGCCGAGGCCCUGGUCCCGGAUGGCUCCAAGAAAAAGAAAGGCUCUGCUAAGUCAGGGCGGAGAGGGAGGCCGGCUGGGACCACAAAGUUGGCCGGGUACCGCACAAGCACCGGACGCCCGCUGGGCACGACUAGGGCGGCCGGGUUCAAAACCAGUCCAGGGAGACCCCUUGGAACAACCAAGGCGGCAGGGUAUAAAGUCAGCCCAGGAAGACCCCCAGGUAGCAUUAAGAGUCUAUCUCGCCUCAAGAAGCUGGAAUUUGGUUGUUGUGAUGCUGCAAAAACUCUUGACUUGAGCAACUGCAGCAUUCCUAAGAAACUGGACUUCCCUGGCAGCGAAGUUGCAACGUUUCCGUACGCCAUCAUGGAACCUAGAGACCUCUGUGAUGCCAGCAGCAAAGUGGAUGAACCCACUGAUUAAACACAUCUCCCUCAUUUGGUUGCAUGCGUCAAAAAACUUGGGUUUUGUUUUUUAUAAAGAAAAAAACUGUCUUUUCACACACUGCUAAUAAGGCGAUUAAAGUGUAUUUUACACAUGCAUGCAUGUAUGCAAACAAACCAAAAUUAGAAAAAAAACAACAACAAACAAAUGUAGCCUUUUUGUCUGAUUUUUUGUUUUUUCACCAGUCAGGUGUACCUAAGGUAUAACUGAACUUUAAAAUAAAACCUUUUAGGGGCUCAACUUUAAUUCAUAAAUGAUAGUUUGGCCACUGCUUGUUCAAUAACAGCACUUUGUAUGUAGUGCAAUUUAUGCAUUUAAUAAUGUCAAAGGAAUGAAAAAACGACAGUCUAAUUGCAAGCAAGGAUGGACAUUAUAAAGGUGAGAAGAACUGAAGGUGGGCCCCUGAAAAUCCAAUUCUGCUUCAGGCCUGAUAAAUGCUUGAGCGAGCCCUGGCUCCAGAGCAUUUCCUUCCUUUGGAUUUUGCCUUUGUUUAAAUUUUACUUUCUGAAGCAUUGAUUUCAUACAUUUUCCUCCCUAGACAGAAAGUUUGACCCAUCUAGUUGUACAGUAUGUGUUUUACUUUGUGAAAAAAAAAAAAAAAAAAAAAAACAAGCACCAGAACUAAGGUGAAAAAAAAAUAUAUAAAUAUAUAGAAAAGCACUUCCUGGCCUUUCCUUGCUGAUACAGAAAGAAGGAAAAAAACACGUUAUGUGAAAAACUGAUUGGUACAUCUCAUUAAACAGUUUGUUUUUAAGUUUCUGUUUAGCUCCAACUUCUAAACUUCCUACUUUAUGAGCACAGUAUUUAUUCUUUCCGCACUUUGUAAAUAUAAAUGUAUUUCCUACAUGUCGUUGAACGUAUCAUAAGCACUUCCAUUAUUUGUGUUGUCAUACUUAUUCUUAACUGAAAAUCUCAAAUAUGCAUAUGUUAAAUCUCAAUGUGCUGUAUGUGAAACCAUAAUUAAAAACCUUUUCAACUA